AGCAGCAGCAGGCUGCCAUAUGGCCGCUCUGCCACAUAUCUCCCUUUUUCGACCUAUGUGGCGGCCACCUCUCCCUCGCAUCCCUUCCAUCAUUGCGUCGGAGGACUCUUAUAGAUUGUGAUGCUGUAUAUCCGUGUUUUAAAUGUGAAUUGAUGGCGGUAGAAAGUUUGUUUUCUUCCAACAGCUGAUAUUGACGUGAUCAGCUGAUGAUGAUGAUGUUGGGGUCUGAAGUCACAUGGAGGAGCCCCGCGCACACUCAGGAUUGGGCGGCCGACCCGUUUCUCCCAAGACAGCCAUGGAGCAAGAAAAGCGCAUUAGGCGUGAAAUCGCUAACAGCAACGAACGCCGUAGAAUGCAAAGUAUCAACGCUGGAUUUGCUUCCUUGAAGACCCUUCUGCCCCAUCACGAAGGCGAAAAACUAAGCAAGGCAGCAAUAUUGCAACAAACGGCCGAGUACAUUUAUCAAUUAGAGCAGGAGAAAACUCGUUUACUUUCCCAGAAUUGUCAGUUGAAAAGACUUCUUAAUCAACAACAACACCAUGCUGAUGCUGAAGGUAGCCCAGCAGCUGGGGAUAAUGCUUGUGAUGAUGGAGUCACCACUGUUGGUGAUACUGUUGUUAGCACUCAAGUGGAUAAUGGGCCUGCUACAGAAGAGCUACGCCGUGAGAUGAUCGAUCUGAGAGUGCAGUUGGAUCGUGAACGACGUCAUCGCAUGUCUCUUGAAGAGCACAUCCGAUCUCAAGAUGCACAAACUUUUCCAGAUCGCAUAAAGGAUUUGUCACAACCGAAAUCAGAUAUACGUGAAGUGAAAGUGGAAACUCCACCUGGACCUGUGGUAACAGAGACAAACGUUACAAUCCCACCUCCACCAACAGCAGUAGAAGUAAGCACUUUACGACAGGCACCUGUGCAAGUGGUGAAAACAGAAGCUGAAAUUAAAAUGGAAAGCCCUCGCCAGUCACCUCCCCGUCAUCAUGCACCAUUAUCGAUACAAAGCCCUGUGACUACGACUACCAUUACAACUCCUGCAGCUGCAAUUGCAACUGCUACAACUAUCACUCAACCAGCUCCACGUCAGCCAGCCACAGCAGUAUUAAGUCGACAAACAGUCACCCACACACAACACAAUCCAAUUCAGGGAACUAUUGUGUCUGCACCUCCUGCAACCACCAUUGUAACGGUUGUUCCAUCAGCUAAGGGUGGUGUAGAUGCUUUGCCAUCUGUGUUUGAGGCUUUAACAGCAUCUGGCAGAUUUGGAGCAAAGGUUGAGGUUGAACCAGCACCAAGAGUUCCAUCUCCUGAAGCUACAAUUGAAUAUGUCGAUGACAACAGAAAUAGAACUGUGUAUAUUGUGAACUCUACUAAUGCAGCCUGCCAGAAGUCUCUGGAUACUAUUUGUGAGGCUAUUCGUCACUUGGAAGGUGACCAUAUGUUCCAAACUGAAGAGCAGCAUCCACGCAUUGAAGAGGAAAUUAUUACAGAGGAAACUCUCACCAUUGAAGAUCAUGCAGGACAACAAGUGACACUGACUGGUUCUCAAGUUCCUGUGACAAUAGGAAGUCAUGUUACCCUAACGGGUGGAGAUGAGCCCAUCACCCUGCAUAUGGUAGGCGAGCCUCAGGAAGUUCCACUUGAAUUAACAACUCAUCGUCCUAGCCAACAGAGUUCAAGCCACUCAAACUUGCACUCUUCUCCACAGUCUACUAUAAGCCUUACUACCAGACCCUCUCAUCAAUCUCCAAGUCACUCAUCCACAACCACCACAUCCUCAAAGGAUGACUGCACUCCAGUAUGUAGUAUUUCAACAACCACAUCCUCCCACUCCUCACCUUCACAAAGUUUGUUGCAGGCGACUAGACCAGGUGUUAUUGUAGUUAAACAUCCAUAAUACAAUUCUGUUUUAUCCUUCAUUGUUUGUCUGUGUUAAUACAUUAGGAACUUUAAACUCAUUGGCCACAGCUCUUCAAGUACUUUCUUUUCUUGCAUAAGGUUGUGGAUUCCGUGCUUUGUGCUUGACUAGUUGGGAAUUUUAGAAAUGCUAAACAUAUAAUAGCUCAGCAUACAAACAGUGGAAGUGACAAUUUGCUGUCCUGACAAGGAAGAGGUGGAUGGCCAGUGUGGAUUAAGAAACUUGUAUAUAAUAUAACAUGAGUGUAUAAAGUGUAGAUUUAGGUGUGAAAAAAAAGUGAUGAGUUACCAGAGACACAUCAAUAGUGACUGGCAGAAUCUCAUGCUGCAUUAUAUGCUUAUUCUCUCUAUUGAGUCUGAAUGUUGUGCUUGAAUGUCAUAUUUGGGUGGCACAUGAGUUUUUUUUUUCUAUUUUAGACAUUGCCAAUAAUUUUGGAAAUUUUUUUAGUACUCUGUUCAUUCCGUGUGUAAUGUGACAAAUGUGUUCAGGUGUAAAAAUGUCUCCAAGUUUAUCUGGUGCCACUCAAAUAAUGCCGGCAAAAAUGAACUGUGUGUGGAGUUACAAGAGGCUAAUUUUGACUUAGCAGCAAUUAGUAAAUUUAUUGGACACAAAAGUGUUGAUUUGUAAAAGAAAAAAUGAAAGAGAGAAGUUUGUAUAGUUUUCCAAUUGCAGGCAUGAUGCAAACGUGUGGUAACACAAUUCAUUGCCUACAGUGACCGAAAUGUGAUUGCAACUAAGUACCUGGAAUUGGGUGCAUGGUAGUUAAUUGGCUCAAAAGUAGUUUCAAGUCUUGCCUCAGUUUUUACUCCCCAAGUUCUUGUGAUGUGUAGUAGUUCAAUGUAACCUCCAGCCAGCAGUGUUAUUGCCGUUAUCAUCAAUAUUCUCAAUUUAAGUCUAUUGCCCCCUCAAUGUUAUUUGCUUUUCAAUAAAAAAAAAAGUUCAUUAUUAGAGUGAAUAAAAUUUAGUUAAGUGAAAUAAAAUUAAUUAUGAAGACUAAAUGUAAGGGUUGUUUUUAGGGUGGGUAUAGCAGAAAGCAGUUUUGAAGAAAAUAAAAGUUUGCCAAGUUAGUCGGCUGACUGGUAAAAGCUCUAAAUAUUCAAACUGCUCUUGCUUUUAAAAGGUUAGGGGGCAAGAGAUUGAAAAGCAGUAUUGGUUUUCAUUUGGGAAUGUCAGACAAGUUAGAGUUACAGUUUUAAUCUCUUGAAGUGUUCUGGAGAGGCCAUAUCCGCCCAAUAUAAUGUUUUAUAUUUAAUGAAAGUUUAUGGUUUUUCAGAGUUAUGUCCAAAGGGUAAGUAAAAAUGAAUAUUAUUAUCUAGAAGCUUUUAGCAUUAAUUGCGGUUUCUUCUUUUAGGUAAACUUGUCCACUAAGUAUUAGAAAGUAUACUUUGGAAAAGUGCAGGCAUUUAUCAUGUAUGGAGUAAAUGUUGAAACUGGUGUUGGCAAAGUAUUUGCAUUUUGCAGAUAAUUGAACUGCCCAUUGGGUAAUAUAUAUAUAUAUUCAUAAAAUAUCCAUUUUUAGAUUUUCCAGGUUGACAAGAACUGGAAGGUCUAGGGAAUUGCUCAAGUAGGGUACCCUAUCCAGUUCCCUUCUGGCACUUGCAUUUCUUUUAUUUUAAUUUUAUGUACUCUAAUGAUUAUUUUUCUUUAUGGAAGUAAAAAUAAGUAAAUCGGUAGCAUUCCUUGAUGAUUAUGUGCCAGAAUGGGACUCUUGUAUUACCUCUAUAGUUUUGGAUGCAGUCUGGGGCAUUUAUGAAGCAACCAGUAGCAGUACAGGAACAAGUAAUGCCUUUUAAUUUUGGGAUGGUAGGUUUUAGUUUGGGAUUUAGUAGAAUUUAAAGAGGAAAUUUAAAGAUAGCAAGUGGCUUUUUACAGAAUUUCUUUGAAAUCAGUUUUACUGAUGUGCAGCUAAAUGCAAGAAUGUAAAGGGCCAGUACUUAUCUAAAAGUAAUGUUUCAUUUCUAUCUUUUAUACUUCAAUAUUAUAUGAGUGAACCUGCUAUUGGCUGCUUGGUGUGUUUUUCCAUAUUUUCAUAUCUAGAAGAUAUUUGUAAUUUACUGUACCAUUCAUUGUUACAAAUUGAAGUUUGUGUGUGUAUUAUACGUAAACUGGAGAUAAACUGACUUGGCAGUUAGGUUAAUGGAUGUAAUUUAAAAAUAUAUAUAGUAUAUAUAUGUAUAUACAUAUAUAUAUGAUGAGAAGUUGUUGUCUGAGUUAUUAUGUGCAAAUGUGUUGGUGUUGUUGAAUUUGAUAUGCAAGGUUUGCAUGUUAUAGAAUGUUUGUAUUGUACCACAUUGCAAAGGUAUUGCCAAUGUGUUAGCCAAAGACCAAAUAGCAAAAAAAAAUUUUGCUAUUGUGUCCGAAGUGAAUCAUUGUUCUCAAGAAAGGUAACCAUAUUUCGUUUUUAAUAAAAUUAUGCUGUUAUUUGGUGGUUUUUUCUCUUAUCAGAACCAGAUUGUAGCACAAUACAAACAUUAGACUAAUUGUUUUCUAAAACUUACAAAAGUGUAAGGUAUCAGUACAAAUAUUUAUUAUGGGCUAUUAGCAUAGAUAUUUCCAUCCCUUCCCUCACAAUUAACAUCCAUUAAUGUAACAGAACAAGGAAAUUUUAGUUGCUUUUCCUCCACAUGAGAAUGUGCUGUGUACCCAAUACUCUCAUAAGCUUACAAGAUAACCAUGCACACCUUUCAUCUACAAUAGCAAUUACUGACAAGUAUGCAAUUCCAGUGCAAAAUUUUUUUAUAUACUCAUUGUAGUCCUUCAUUUAAAGUGUUGAAAUUGCUACUAGUAUGGUAUUUAUCUGUGAAAAGUAACUAAAUCCGCUAUAACUUUGGAAAGUAACAGUAAACAGUUAAGGACGGCAGGUACUGUACUCUUUGUUUUAUACCACCAUUGUCUGCAGGCUAACUCCUAAAAGCCAAAGAUUUUUAAUUACAUACCUUCAUACAUAUUUAGUGCUGUUCUUAAGAAUUAUUGUACAGUUGUCUAAAACCUCGCAAACUCCAUUGUUUCCCUGGCAGACAUCUGCUUUUUUUCUCCUUUUUUACAGUUUCAUUAUAAGACUGGAGAUGAAAAUAAACUUGAUUGUAUAAUAAA